UUGGCCCUUAUGCCGCGGGCAACAUCCUGCUGUCUGCUGGCAUCCUCUUCGCUGGGGCAUCUUCUGGCAAGGAGCUCAUCCUGCAGCCAGCCAUCAAAAAGGUGUGGGAGGAACAGCAACGGACGCACCUCACCAUGCUGCAGGUGGAAGGCCGACCCCUCGUCCUUGGUGGUGAUGGGCGAGCAGACAGUCCGGGACACAGCGCCAAGUUCGGUACCUACACCACAAUGGAGCUUGUGGCCAAUGUGGUUCUCGACCUUCAGGUUGUACAGAGCAACGAAUGUCUUGGCAGCUACCAUAUGGAGAUGGAAGGACUGAAGAGGAUGGUGGAACUGCUGAUCAGCUGGGACCUGGAUGUCGGGGUGCUGGUGACAGACAGACACAGACAGAUCGCUAAAUGGAUUCGUGAAAACAUGCCCAAUACAAGGCACUGCUAUGACAUCUGGCAUGUUGCAAAAUCCAUCGGAAAGAAACUGAAGGCCAUCGCCAAGCAUAAGGACUGUGAAGACCUGAAGCCCUGGGUGCAAAGUAUAAUCAACCACCUCUACUGGGCAGCAGUGUCUACACCGCCUGGAGAGGGGGAACUUCUGGUUGCCAAGUGGAAGUCUGUGGAGCGACACAUUCAGAACAUCCACAAGGACCAUGGCGACCUCUUCCCAAUUUGUACUCAUGGACAACUGCAACGGCAAAAGAAAUGGCUCAAACAAAGUUCACGCUCAGCAGUGAAACUGGAGGAGGUGGUCAACAACAAGUCCCUGCUAAAAGAUAUCGCCAUGCUGUCGGGUGAACACCAGACUUCCAAGGUGGAGGCGUUCCAUAGCCUUAUCAUACAGUUCGCACCGAAAAUGUAUGUCUUCUCAUACAUCGGAAUGCUGUGCAGGAACCUGCUUGCUGGGCUGCACUGGAACGAAAAUUCGAGCCGCCCUAUAGCCACUACACAAGCGGGUGCUGAGCGCUAUGCAGUACGCUACCCGAAGUAUAAAGCAGGGGGCCAUGUGGUCAAGAAAAUCGCGACAGAGCCAACAUACCGCUACGUAGAUGACUUGAUCAGGGAGGUUGUUGCUGGCUGCAGACGGACCCCUGACGAGAGAACACCACUCAGCGUCACUGUGGAUGUGCCUCCCUUCCUCUGCGAUGAACUGGAGAAGCCAGACAAGGAGGAAGCCAUCGCUAAGCACAGGAGUCGCUUCGGUAAGUGUGAAAUGCCCUCCCAGUAACAGUUAGAGAUGCUACCUCAGUAGAAGCAUUUAAGUCCCAUCUUAAAACUCAUUUGUAUACUCUAGCCUUUAAAUAGACCCCCUUUUUAGACCAGUUGAUCUGCCGUUUCUUUUCUUUUCUCCUCUGCCCCCCCCCCCCCCCCCCCCCCCACGUGGAGGGGUUAUUCCGGUGACCAUGGAUGAAGUGCUGGCUGUCCAGAGUUGGGACCCGGGGUAUACCGCUCGCCUGUGCAUCGGUUGGGGACAUCUGCGCUGCUGACCCGUCUCCGCUCGGGGUGGCCUCCUGCUGGCUCCACUGGACCCUCACUAAUAUGUUAGACCCACUCGACAUCCAUUGCUUUCGGUCUCCCCUAGAGGGGGGGGGGGGGGGGUUACCC